CCCCGCUCGGCGUGGCGCGGGCGGGCCGAAGGCGGGUCGCAGGGCCGCGUGCGGGAGACAUGUCCGGGGGCAGCAGCUGCAGCCAGACCCCGAGCCGGGCCAUCCCCGCCACCCGCCGGGUGGUCCUCGGCGACGGCGUGCAGCUGCCGCCCGGGGACUACAGCACCACCCCCGGCGGCACGCUCUUCAGCACCACCCCGGGAGGAACCAGGAUCAUCUAUGACCGCAAAUUCCUGAUGGAGUGUCGGAACUCACCUGUGGCCAAAACGCCCCCGAGGGACCUGCCAACCAUUCCUGGGGUCACCAGUCCUACCAGUGAUGAGCCGCCCGUGGAAGCCAGCCAAACCCACCUGCCCAGCAGCCCAGAAGAAAAGCGGGUGACCGGAGAAGAGUCACAGUUUGAGAUGGACAUUUAAGGGACCAGCCGUCGAAUGGAGCGGUGCUUCUGAGCCCCUCAGGCCCUUCUCAGGAGGAGAGUUCCGUUGUGGGGUCGGCCACCCAGCCUUGCCCUCUCACUCAGGGCACCCGCUCCCCUUCCUCUUUGUGAACACCAGCACAUACCUCCUUUUGCCUCCGUUGGUGCAGGAGCUGCUACCCCAAAGGGGUAGCCUACACCCUGCAACCACCUGCCAGGAAUUAGACACAGAGGAGCUCUUCUGAAUGAUCAUCUGGCUCUUCCAGUCCCAUCCUCUGGGUGUACCCCUUCUUAAAUUGGGGCACCUGGGAACGUUCCCAUCUACUUCUUUCCCUGAGAUAGGAAAUAAAUUCCCCCUUUACUACUGGGCCAAGUGACUUGGCCCUGUCUGAGCUCUUUGCAACUCCACGUGAUAACA